AUGGAGGCGAGCGCGGGGCUGGUGGCCGGCUCGCACAACCGGAACGAGCUGGUGGUGAUCCGCCGCGAGUCAUCAGGAGGCGCGGGCGGCGGAGUCGUAGGCGGCGGGGGCGCGGCGCGGCGGGCGGAGGCGCCGUGCCAGAUAUGCGGGGACGAGGUCGGGGUGGGCUUCGACGGGGAGCCCUUCGUGGCGUGCAACGAGUGCGCGUUCCCCGUCUGCCGCGCCUGCUACGAGUACGAGCGCCGGGAGGGCUCGCAGGCCUGCCCGCAGUGCCGGACCCGGUACAAGCGCCUCAAGGGGUGCCCGCGCGUGGCGGGCGACGAGGAGGAGGACGGCGUCGACGACCUGGAGGGAGAGUUCGGCCUGCAGGACGGCGGCGCCGGGGGACACGACGACGACCCGCAGUACGUCGCCGAGUCCAUGCUCAGGGCGCAGAUGAGGUACGGCCGCGGCGGGGACGCGCACCCCGCCGGCUUCGGCCCCGUCCCCAAUGUGCCGCUCCUCACCAACGGCCAGAUGGUUGAUGACAUCCCGCCGGAGCAGCACGCGCUCGUGCCGUCCUACAUGGGCGGCGGCGGCGGCGGGGGCAAGAGGAUCCACCCGCUCCCCUUCGCAGAUCCCAACCUCCCAGUGCAACCGAGAUCCAUGGACCCGUCCAAGGAUCUGGCCGCCUACGGCUACGGCAGCGUGGCCUGGAAGGAGAGGAUGGAGGGCUGGAAGCAGAAGCAGGAGCGCCUGCAGCAUGUCAGGAGCGAGGGUGGCGGCGAUUGGGAUGGCGACGAUGCAGAUCUGCCACUAAUGGAUGAAGCUCGGCAGCCAUUGUCCAGAAAAGUCCCAAUACCAUCAAGCCGAAUCAAUCCCUACAGGAUGAUUAUUGUUAUCCGGUUGGUGGUUUUGGGUUUCUUCUUCCACUACCGUGUGAUGCAUCCGGUGAAAGACGCGUUUGCAUUAUGGCUCAUAUCUGUUAUCUGUGAAAUCUGGUUUGCCAUGUCCUGGAUUCUUGAUCAGUUCCCAAAGUGGCUUCCAAUUGAGAGAGAGACUUACCUGGACCGUUUGUCGCUAAGGUUAGACAAGGAAGGUCAACCCUCUCAGCUUGCUCCAAUUGACUUCUUUGUCAGUACGGUUGAUCCCUCUAAGGAACCUCCCUUGGUCACAGCGAACACUGUCCUUUCCAUCCUUUCCGUGGAUUAUCCGGUUGAGAAGGUCUCCUGCUAUGUUUCUGAUGAUGGUGCUGCAAUGCUUACAUUUGAAGCAUUGUCUGAAACAUCUGAAUUUGCGAAGAAAUGGGUUCCUUUCUGCAAAAAGUUUAAUAUUGAGCCUCGUGCUCCUGAGUGGUACUUCCAACAGAAGAUAGACUACCUGAAAGACAAGGUUGCCGCUUCAUUUGUUAGGGAGAGGAGGGCGAUGAAGAGAGAAUACGAGGAAUUCAAGGUAAGGAUCAAUGCCUUGGUUGCAAAAGCCCAAAAGGUUCCUGAGGAAGGAUGGACAAUGCAAGAUGGAAGCCCCUGGCCUGGAAACAACGUACGCGAUCAUCCUGGAAUGAUUCAGGUAUUCCUUGGCCAAAGUGGUGGUCGUGAUGUGGAGGGAAAUGAGUUGCCUCGCCUUGUUUAUGUCUCGAGAGAAAAGAGGCCAGGUUAUAACCAUCACAAGAAGGCUGGUGCCAUGAAUGCACUGGUCCGUGUCUCUGCUGUCUUGUCAAAUGCUCCAUACCUAUUGAACUUGGACUGUGAUCACUACAUAAACAAUAGCAAGGCCGUAAAAGAGGCUAUGUGUUUCAUGAUGGAUCCUUUGGUGGGGAAGAAAGUGUGCUAUGUCCAGUUCCCUCAGAGGUUUGAUAGUAUUGACCGUCAUGAUCGAUACGCUAACAGGAACGUCGUCUUUUUUGAUAUCAACAUGAAAGGUCUGGACGGUAUUCAAGGACCCAUCUAUGUGGGUACUGGAUGUGUUUUCAGACGGCAGGCACUGUAUGGUUAUGAUGCUCCUAAAACAAAAAAGCCACCAUCAAGAACUUGCAACUGCUGGCCCAAGUGGUGCCUCUCUUGCUGCUGCAGCAGGAACAAGAAUAAAAAGAAGACUACAAAACCAAAGACAGAGAAGAACAAAAGAUUAUUUUUCAAGAAAGCAGAAAACCCUUCUCCUGCAUAUGCUUUGGGUGAAAUUGAGGAAGGUGCUCCAGGUGCUGACAUUGAGAAGGCUGGAAUUGUAAAUCAACAGAAACUAGAAAAGAAAUUUGGGCAGUCUUCUGUUUUUGUUGCAUCAACACUUCUUGAGAACGGUGGGACCCUGAAGAGUGCAAGUCCAGCUUCUCUUCUAAAGGAAGCUAUACAUGUUAUCAGCUGCGGCUAUGAAGACAAGACUGACUGGGGAAAAGAGAUUGGCUGGAUUUAUGGAUCAAUUACAGAGGAUAUCUUGACUGGAUUUAAGAUGCACUGCCAUGGUUGGCGGUCUAUUUACUGCAUCCCGAAGCGGCCUGCAUUCAAAGGUUCUGCACCUCUGAAUCUUUCUGAUCGUCUUCACCAGGUCCUUCGUUGGGCUCUUGGAUCUGUUGAAAUUUUCUUCAGCAAGCACUGCCCACUUUGGUACGGAUAUGGUGGCGGGCUAAAAUUUUUGGAAAGGUUUUCUUAUAUCAACUCUAUUGUAUAUCCCUGGACAUCCAUUCCUCUCUUGGCUUACUGUACCUUGCCUGCCAUCUGCCUGCUCACGGGAAAAUUUAUCACACCAGAGCUUACCAAUGUUGCCAGUAUCUGGUUCAUGGCACUUUUCAUCUGCAUCGCUGUCACUGGCAUCCUUGAAAUGAGAUGGAGUGGUGUGGCCAUCGAUGACUGGUGGAGAAACGAGCAGUUCUGGGUCAUUGGAGGUGUUUCUGCACAUCUCUUCGCUGUGUUCCAAGGUCUUCUCAAGGUCCUUGCCGGUAUCGACACGAGCUUCACCGUCACAUCAAAGGCCGGGGACGAUGAGGAGUUCUCAGAGCUGUACACAUUCAAAUGGACCACCCUGUUGAUACCUCCCACCACUCUUCUCCUGCUGAACUUCAUCGGGGUUGUGGCUGGAAUCUCGAAUGCCAUCAACAACGGGUACGAGUCAUGGGGUCCUCUCUUCGGGAAGCUCUUCUUCGCGUUCUGGGUGAUCAUCCAUCUGUACCCGUUCCUCAAGGGUCUGGUGGGAAGGCAGAACCGGACGCCGACGAUCGUGAUCGUCUGGUCCAUCCUGCUGGCCUCGAUCUUCUCGCUCCUGUGGGUCCGCGUCGACCCGUUCCUCGCCAAGAGCGAUGGUCCUCUUCUGGAGGAGUGUGGUCUGGACUGCAACUAA